ACCGGGAGCAGCUGUGCGCCCAGUCCGACACCUGCAUGCUCCCCUUCGAGCUGCUGCUCUCCGACCCCCUGCAGUUCUUUCGGGUCGAGGUGACUGUGAAGGAUAUCAAUGAUCAUUCACCUGUUUUCCGAGAAGAUCGAGUCAGUUUUAAGAUCCUGGAAAGGAGUGACCCAGGCUCUCGUUUCCCACUGGAGGUAGCUCGAGACCUCGAUAUUGGCAGGAACACAGUCCAGGAGUACAGCAUCUCUCCCGAGAACGAUUAUUUCAGUGUCUCGUAUGGAAGUCGGACUAAUGGUGACAAAUAUCUUGAACUUGUUUUGGAAAAGUCACUAGACCGAGAGGAGCAUGCAGAGAUGGGUUUCAGUGUUAUUGCUGUAGAUGGAGGCUCUCCUCCCAGGAGUGGAACCAUCGAGACAUCUAUUAUCAUUGUAGAUGUAAAUGACAAUGCACCCAAAUUUACACAAGAUCGUUAUAUUGGGAAGGUUCAGGAAAACAUGCCAGAAGGCUCUGUGGUUCUGAAUGUGCUGGCAACUGAUCCGGAUGCAGGAGUUAAUGGAGACAUCUCCUAUCAACUCAAUGAAGUUGUUGGUCAGAGUGAUUCAGCAUUUGUGAUUGAUCCCCUAACUGGGGAAAUUAAACUCACAAAACCACUGGACUUCGAGACAGCAGACGCUCACGAGCUCAGUGUGAGAGCCACAGAUGGUGGGGGCCUGUCAGCAAUCUGCAAGGUGUUGGUGGAGGUGGUGGAUGUGAAUGACAAUGCCCCAGAGCUGGUGGUCAGUUCCUUCAGCAGUCCCCUCCCCGA